AAAAAAAAAAAACAUGGAAAACCAGAGAAUUAGCUCAAAAAACUAUGUCUCUGCUUGGAAUUUGGGGGCUUUAGUUGUCACUGAAAUGGCUCUGAAAGCUGCGAUCGAGCUCAAUGUCUUCAAUAUCAUUGCCAAUUCAGGACCCGGAGCUCAUCUCACAUUGAAAGAAAUUGUAUCUCAAAUCUCAACUAAGAAUCCAAAUGUAGCAGCUGCGAAUUUGAAGCGAAUACUAAGAGUCCUAAGUGUUCACUCUCUACUAUCUGUACAAAGGCCAAGCUCAAAUGGUAAAACAAUGCAAGAAGAGACUUAUGGUCUAACAAAGGAGACUCUUUGCCUAGUUCCAAAUGAAGAUGGAGCUUCCUUAGCUCCAUUUAUUUUGUUAUAUUCUGAAAUGUACAUGGUGAAAAGCUUAUCCAUGCUCAAAGAAACAGUACUUGAACCUGGGUGCCUUCCUUUCAACAAGGCUUAUGGUGUGUCCAUAUAUGAGUACAUGUCUGAGAAACCUAACCUGAGCCAAUUGUUUAAUAAAGCUAUUGGCCAAAGUACGAUCCUCGAUUUUGAAGAGGUGUUAAAGGUUUACAAAGGUUUUGAAGAGCUAGAAGAGUUGAUGGAUGUUGGAGGAGGUGAUGGAACGACAAUUUCAAAAGUAGUAUCUAGAUAUCCACACAUUCAUGGGAUUAACUUCGAUUUGCCUAACGUUAUCGCUCAAGGAACUGCUAGAUAUCAAACAGGUGUGAAAUAUGUUGGUGGAGAUAUGUUUCAGUUUAUACCAAAUGCACAGUCCAUUAUGUUGAAGUGGGUACUUCAUAAUUGGGACGAUGAUCUAUGUAAGAAAAUAUUGAAGCGUUGUUGGGAGGCAUUACCAAAAACUGGGAAGGUAAUAGUUGUAGAACUUGCAAUACCUGAAAUAUUAGAGAAAACCGAAGAGUUAAAGAAAAUAGUGGCAUUAGACAUGGUCAUGAUGACUAUUCACGGUGGUAGAGAACGAACAACUGCUGAGUUUGACGACCUAUCAAAAGCUGCAGGCUUUGUUGAAACAAAGAUUUUUUCGAUUUCAAAUGGGUGUUAUGUUAUGGAGUUUCACAAAGUUGAAACAUAUUAGAUAGAUGAUAUAUAUGAUCAUCUAAGAGACAUGUCUUUCUCCUUUUAGGUACAUGAAUAAAUUCAUGAGCCUCUCCUAUGCUUCGUACAUGAGAGUAAUCAUGCAGCUGAUUUUUAGCAAACCAUAAAACUAUUUUUAUUUAUUUUAUUGGUGAGAUGCACAACCCAGGGUGUAUUUAUUUUUUAGUUUUAAUUUGGCUUGUUUGUAACUCUAUGUUCUUUGAGGUUUGGUUCCUACCUCUCAUUGUACUUGUUCUAAUAUU